AUGUUUUCGCUCACUUUCUCCAGGCGUGGUGGUUCGAUUCAGUCACUGUGCUCGACGAAGCGUCGACUUAGUUCCGCUGCUGCCGCCAUAGCCGUCCCAAGCCGACACAUCCUUCACCAUGCAUCCGAGAACAAGGUUGCGGGUGCGGCCACACCGGUAGACAUGCCUGCGAGCCAGACGUCUCCUCGACCGCAUUCGCGAGGGCAAUCUGCAACCCGCACACGAAUGGAGUCCGUAAGGCGUCAGCUUCGAGACAGCGCGAAGAGUCCAUCUUUCUACGAGGCUGUUGCUCAAAUCAUGAAGAUCAGGGAGCAAUAUAUCAAAGAGCGGUCCGUUUUCGUGAGAGGGCAAGACAUGCUACCAAUAUUGCUCGGCCUUGGAGCCAGCCACGAAGAUAUUAUGACCCUUCCUUCCACAAGCGAUAAUUUGGAAUCCGAUCCAUCCAUCCCUUUUCGCACAUCGGUCAACUCUCGCUUCUGCUUCGACUGGGACACAAAGUCUAUGCGUCGAAUUGAGAACCAGCCCUUCAUGCUAUCCGAAGAUGAGGAUUUUGAGCGUUUCGACUCCGGUAAGAUCCGGAAUUUUGACGAGGUUAAAGCCGACCUCGGUCUGAACAGCGCCUUUCUGGCGGUGCUCAUUUUCAAAGCCAUGAUGGUCAAUGGCAUCGAUGUUGCCAGGCGGACGAACCUCAACUAUGACGUGAAUAAAUGGGUGUGUAUCGCAUUCAGUGUUCGGACUCAUACCACGCCGGAUCUUCUCGGUGAACCGGCUCUGGAGGGCGUGCAUUCCGACGGAGCUGAUCACACCUUGGUCACCUUCCUAGGUUCCAAAAAUAUGGCCUCUAAUAGCGCAGCCACCUUCCUACACAGUAUGGACGAGGUUACGGGCAUUUCGUUGCGAGAGUCGUCCCCGCUCAAAAUUGUUGGGCGCAACAGGCACAGUGCGUUCCUGGAUACCAUGAUGAUAGUCGAUCACGAGCGUAAACAUAGUCUGACGGCAGUAUAUGCCGAGGACAAGACAGCGCUCGCGACUCGUGAUGUGCUGAUCUUCUUCACGCGGAGGCCGUAUCUCAAGACGCACCCGGCGGCAUCUCUGGACUCACUUAAGCCUCAUGCGACCCUGGGCGUGGAAGUUCCAUUGUUGGACCUGAGCUGA